GCGUCGGGCUGGAAGCUCGGCGGCACCAACUACAGCAAGGAUGGGGGGAACCUGCCUUUCUACGCUGACGGCGAGCCCUACAGCUCGUGGAGUUUGCUCGAGGGGGCCUGCCUGCAUGCAAUGAUUUUCUACGUGUACAAACUCAAGGGUGCGCACCCAAUAUCCAGGGAUCCUGACAUUGCCAUCCUCAAGAACGCGUGCAAGCCUCCCAGAACCCGUUCCAAGAAUCAGGGGGGCUCGGGCGCAGACGAUGAGGAGAAUGAAUUCGCCGAGUUCGCAGUGGAAGUUAUCAUGAUUGAUGAAGAUGGACCAGACACGCCAGAGCCCUCCGACUCGCACCCCCACGACGACAAGAUCCCCGUGGCCCAACCCAGCACCGCACCGGCUUGCGACAAGAUCCCCGCGGCCCAGCCUGACACCACACCAGCUUGCGACGACAAGAUCCCCGCGGCCCAGCCCAACACCGCACCGGCUUGCGACGACAAGAUCCCCGCGGCCCAGCCGGACACCGCACCAGCUUGCGACGACAAGAUCCCCGCGGCCCAGCCCAGCACCGCAAUGGCUUGCGACGACAAGAUCCCCGAGAGCCAGCCCGACACCGCCACUGCUUCCGACGUGCCUUCCCAGCCCCCCCGGUCGCCAGAGACGCCCCGCUCUGCUGUGGAGGUGGUUCCCAAGGCCGAUGACAUUUCAGCUGUCACUAUCGCGCUGAAGAUGAAGGACCCCGGGAUGUCACAG